AGAGCUGGAAACCAGACCAAGAGAAGGAAAGUGAAUCUGGUAAUGUCUGAUGUUACAAGUUCUCUUAUAAAUUCUUGUGAAUUUCUUAUAAAGUGCUGAAAGCGCUUCCUUUUGUUCAACACGUCUCGACCAUGAACGACUGUUAGCUUCUUUCUGCUGGUUUAACUAAACUAUGAAAUGUACUUGAGUCUGUUUAUAUUAGGCUAUUCAAACUGUUAUGUUCUGUGUUUUUGGGACUAGAGCAGAUAGAGCGUCUCACCACACAGUGUGGGUUUCAGAGCACGGGCAACGGAAAAGUGAAACUGAUCUGUCAGCUGAAUGUAAUUGGACAUGCAAUUUAAGAGAAGAAGCUUUUUUCCCUAAAUAUUUAGUGAUUAAAACCACAAAAAAUAAAGUAAUAGUUUUUAUUCGCUGACUGGUUUAUCAUGAAAUAAUGUGUGAAGUUUUCUGUAGGUGACAAUCACCCUCAUGACCUCACUGUGUCUCCUCCAUCAGUCAUGGCUUCCUCCAGCUGUCUCCUGUCUGAAGAUCAGCUCCAGUGCUCUAUCUGUCUGGAUGUGUUCACUGAUCCAGUCUCUACUCCAUGUGGACACAACUUCUGCAUGAUCUGUCUCAGACAGUACUGGGACAGCGGUUCACACUGCCAGUGUCCAGUUUGUAAGACUAAAUUCCAUAACAGACCUGAUCUGUGUGUGAACACGUUCAUAUCUGGACUGGCUGCUCAGUUCAAAAAGUCAGUUCAGGUCAAAUCCAGCAGAGCUCCAGAGAAACAUCCCUUGAAACGUAAAAAGGUUCUGUGUGACUCCUGCAGUGAGGAGAAGCUGGAGGCUGUAAAGUCCUGUCUCGACUGUGGAGUAUCUUACUGUGAGACUCAUCUGAUGCCUCAUAAAACUGCAGCUAAACUCAAGAAGCACAAACUGAUGGACCCUGUGGAGACCCUGGAGGACUACAUCUGCCAGAAACAUGAGAGACCCCUGGAGCUGUUCUGUAGAGACGACCAGACGAGUGUGUGUCAGUUCUGCACUGAGACAGACCACAAGACUCACAGCACUGUUCCUAUAGAGGAGGAGCUUAGACACAGAAGGACUCGGCCGGUGAAGACUACGGCAGAAGUUCAGCAGAUGAUCCUCCUGGGCUUUACUGAAUUUAUUUUUCCUUUUUUCUUCAUUUUCGCUGUCCAUCUUUAUAAUGCAGACUAAUGACUGUGCUACUAAUGGUGCUGUUCUGUUUCGUCAUGCUGUUUAUUAUGGUAGAACAGGUUUCAGGUCCUGGUGGGUCACAGCACUGCACAGUCAACACACCUGAUUCAGCUCGUCAGCUAAUGAGCUCGACCUGUGUGAGUCGAGUUCAGAGAGUUAGAGGAGGAAAAUUCCUGACUGAGGACA